AUGGCAACAAAUGACAAGAUGGCGGAAGAGGCGCCAAUUUCCGAUGCAAGACUCUUUGAUAGAUCAGCUCCUAUCUCUCCCUUGGAAGAAAUGAAAGCAAGUAAACUAUGUUCUCGAAGGAUACGGGCUGAAGAAUUGAAAUGGUCGAAUCUCAAGAAGGUCCCAUGUGUACAAAAGGCUCUGUUAUAUGGUUCAUUGGCUGGAUUGUCGGUUGGCAUCUCACGUUAUGCCAGAAUACGAUCAAUACGGUCGGCUGGUAAUUGGGCUGUUAUAGCUACAGGACUUGUAUCUGUGGGAUCGUGGGAGUUUUGUAGAUUUCAAAGAAGACUGGUACUAGAUCAGCUAGCUAGAACUACCGUCGAGGACAAUGUGAAUGCUAAAGCUGCACUACCAGGCCCCCUCCCAACGUCACCACAGUAA